AUGGCCCGACCCCUCUCAAGGCCUUUGACCGCCGUGGACACGGCGGAAAGGCAGAGGGGUCAGUUGUGGGCGGAAUAGUCCAUAUUGGGGAAAGGAGGUCGUAAUUUAGACCCAUACACAUCGAGAAGUUGGUCUGUUUUUAUGUUUUGUAUUAAAUUUAGACUUUUCGUUUCUGGCCAUUAUGAAACUUGUUGAUAACGAGGAAAAAAGAAUCCUAUGUAGAGGUGCGGGCGAAUGCGUAAUUAGGGCAAGGAAAAUCAAUUAACUUUGCGAUCCACGCGGCUUGGCUUGGCUGGUUCGACUACAGAUACUACGUAAGUACAAAACGUCCAUAAAUUCAGCUAAUCUAAAAUGGAACACACAAACAUAAGCACACACAGACACGUCAAACAAGAAUUAUAACGUUAUAACUAACCUUUUAUAUGCCAUAGACCUGGACAAACAAUUAUACGGAGGUUUCCUGUCAAACUUCACCUUCUUUGAAGUAGUUUGACUCUGGGGUUUAUCAGGGUAGUCCAAAUCUCUUCUUUUUAAUUCCAGCACGCAGGCCACGCAGAUUCAGCAACAGAUAUUGGAACACAGUCACCAGUUUGCCGAGGGACAUCAAUCCGUUGCCAUCACAGCCCCGUAUACCGCCGCCAAGGACGCGAUGGCGCCCAGGUUUCACCAACUUCGGCUCCUCUAUCCAAAGAGCGACAUCCGUCUGCUGACCAACGAUUCAUCUCAGGGCCGCGAGUUCGACAUUACCAUCUUCCCCACGAUCCGCAACGACUUCCGCGGUUUUCUAUCAAACCCCAACAGACUGACCGUUGCGUUCUCCAGAGCACAUUAUGUCUGCGUAAUUAUCACCGAUCUACAAGCGCUCCAAUCCUCGCCGUUGGAGAACAACCCAUUGCGCAAGGUCUUUGAUCUGCCGACUCCCCCAGAAGCUCAGCCCUGGAUUCCACAUGACACUGAUAUUGAAUUGAAACCAAUCUUUGACUAA